AUGACAGAAGACGGCGUAUCGAUGCGUUCAAAGCAAUUGGAACUGUUUAGUAAAAUGCAUCUUGGUAUGGAUCACGUGUUAUCGAAACUUUUGCAGGACGCACCACCCCUUCCCAACUCGUUAAAGCUCCUGACCGAGACACAGUCACUUAGUUCCACGUGGGUACAAGUGACUGAGAUCUAUGAGAAGCGUAGAUCCAUGUUACAACGUCGAAAAGAAAAGGAAAAGAACAAGAGUAAAUUAAAACGACGUCAGGAUGUUAGAACUGUGCAGAAGGAGCAGGAAAAGGAAGUGAAGAACAGUUCGAAGAAGGAGUCAAAAAAAGCGUCCGAGCGCUAUGUGAAGGAAGGGAGGCAGUCAAUUGCAUACAAUGAAUUGAUAUUGAAGAAAGUGCGGAAGCUACCAUUAUGUGGGAAUGUAGUGCUCGGCAGCAAUAAGUUUAAGGCUGUUGUCAAGUGGAUGGAGUUAGAUAAGGGCAACAAUGCACCUAUAUCGACUGAAUUGACCAAGCUAGUGGAAAAGCUGCAGCAUAAAACUGCAUCGGAAAAGACAAGUAAGCUUAAGUUGAGUCGAAAACGCUCAUUGGAUCCGCUGGAUGAUGUAUAUCGGGUGGAGGAAAGAAAAAGUAAACAGAAGAACUUGACCGAGGAUCGAAAAUUCGAGCUGCAAUCGGGUUCUUCACCGAUAGUAAGGCCUCAGAAGAAGGGAGAAAUGCGGCUAUCGAAGCGCCAUAAGCUGAAGAUGGAGGAAAUGAAUGAAAAGGAGUUUGUCAUUGAGAUGACAUCUAGAGAGCACUUGGCUACAGCUGCAUUGCAGAAUCGAGCAGAUAAAGUAACUCUAGUGAACGAAAUCAAGGACUCAUUUUACGAGGAGAAGGAACAGCCUGUAAAACCAGGAGCUUCUUCUAGGUCUGCUAUCGUUUUAGAUGAUAGUGAAGACGAGAGAGAUGAAGAGGGGGAAGAAGAGGGUGAGGCGGAGUUUAGUGUUGAAAUAAAAGAGGAAGAAUUCAUGGAGGCGCAGGAACAAGAUUCGUCUACAGAUGACGACCGUGGUGUCUUCGAUUUGAAUGAAGAGGAUAUUUUUGUUGUGGACGCGAUUUUGUGCGUCAAGGAAGGACGGGUACUGCUGUCGGCAGGAGGACUGCGACGCCACAAAGAAUCAGAUUUGUACCUUGUAAAAUGGGAAGGCUACAAUGAACUGACGUGGGAGCCGGACGAGAAUAUUCCACGGCGACUUAUUGAAAUGUUUCGUGAGCGUGAGCGCGCCAAGCGGGCGUGCCAGUAUCAGAUCAAAGUCGCUCAUGAACGGAGGGAGGUGAUUAAUUUGACCACACAAACGAGAGAGAUUAUUUACAAGGUUCAAUGGAUCAACCAAGACUUGCCAGUGUGGGAGUUACGAACCGCGCUUCCAACUAAGGCGCAGAUAUGGUUGGACAAGGUUUUGGGUGGUGCAUCGGCGAAAAAGCGCCGCGACGCGAAAGCUGUGAAACAAUCCGACUAG